CUUAUUGAAUGGAAUUGGAAUAGUGUUGCCUUCUUUUCAGCACUCAACUGUCCACCAGCAGCUCCUCCACUUGGUGGAACAACUUCGUUCACUGGAGAACCCAGAGAAGGAUCCGUAGCUGUUGGAAUGUGCCCGCUUGGUCAAAUUAUGAGCGGCCCAUCUACUAUCACAUGCACUAAUGGAGCAUGGACACCACUAGCAUUUGGAAUAUGUACGCCGGCAGGAAGCGGCGGAGGUCUUGGGCUGCCGCCAUCAGGAGGAUUGGGUGGAUUAGGUGGAUUGGGAACUGGGAUACCACCAGCGCUACCAGGACUCGGACUAGGAGCAGGGCUCGGAACCGGAAUGGGUGCUGCGCAGUGUGCACCAAUGUUGGCACCAGCGGGCUCAACAAUUUCGUAUAGCAGCGGUGCAACGAGCUCUGGAAUUCCACCAUUGCAGGCCCAUGGUUCCACUGCCACCAUGAGAUGCAAUGACAACUCUCUUGUGUCAGGUGCGUCCGUGGCAACAUGCCAAAAUGGCCAGUGGCAGCCACCCAUUAUGGGGACGUGCAAUAAUAACAACAACAACCUCGGUUCACCUCAGACUCCUGGCAUUGGAAACGUUGCUGGCGGCCUGGCAGGUACGCUUCCAUGCCCCGUCGGUGUCAUUCCGCCGCUAAAUGGCAAUGUCAUCUACAGUGGAGUAGCACCGUACCCACAAGGAACAACAGCUACAUUGACGUGCAACCCUGGAUUCGUCGUUAGGGGCGAAUCGACCGUCACAUGUCAGAACGGACUCUUCGGUAUCUUGGGAACGUGUGAUAAGAUCUCUCCAUAA